CAGACAGCGCAAUGUGUAAAUCAUCAAGGCCAAUCAUCGCAUUGGUUCUAUUGAAAUUUUGGUUGGCCCCACGAGUGAUCCGGUUUAGCGUUGCUUCGCUUUACAGAGUGACGCGUACAUCCUAAAAUCUUACCGCUCAGUCGUUAUUCAAUACGUUGUUUUGUGUUAACCAUUAACAAAGUUUGGUUUUUAUGACAUUUUUUAUAAACAUCAAACAUGACAGAACAACUAGACAUAACGUUUAACUAUGCCAACACCAAAAUCGCACAAAAACUGGUAGGGCUUUCUAAAUAAUAUAAUAAUGAUAGUUGUUCUCUCAUGUUGUUGUUUAAACGUCCUCAAAUGGUCUACAUCACUACAUAAGUUUUUUACACUAAUAGAUUAGUGAAAUAACUCUAAUCGACAACCUUUAGUUAUAAUGUAUGUUAACUCUUUACAAGUAAAUCUAGGUUUUCCAUGGGUAUCAUUAUUUUUGCAAGUGCUAGUGUAUAAGUUCCCAUUCAAGAACAGAUAUUGUAUGUAUGCAUACACCUCCUGUUCUAGAUUAAGUCUAUCAGUGUACUGAUUACGUUCAACGCUAUUCAGGAAAAUAAGUAUGUUAGACUCUACUUGGUGUUUAGAUGGAUAUCCACGGAAAAGAUAAUCAACAAUAGUUGAGCGGAGUUUAACGAUGACCAUUAAUGAAUUGUUCCUCAAGUUUUAAAAUAGGAUACCUAACCCAUUAUUUUACCAUAGUUGAAUCCUCUUGGCUCCCCAAGUUGUGAUUAUCAGUUGUUAGUUUUAUGUUCAUCUGAAGCGCAGUUAUCCUUCCUUUAUUUCUGAGCUACCUUACCCAUCACCUUUCAAACUAUUGCAUAACUAAUACCUAAAGCUCUUGGCACCUGUGUUACUAAUUCAACGUUUCUUUCUCACUUGACUUUACUUGGUAUGGUUGGUCUUUAGAAUGAUAAGUAACCAUUCACUAGUGAGUUUUGGUGAUAUACCUUCUCUGACGGUAUAAGUAACGAUACGUGACUAUUCUCUAAAACUAAAUGCGCAUGAUUAUUUUCGGAAAAUAAAACUAAAAUUGAGUAUUGGUGGAACAGUUCUUAAUUUUAAUCGAAGGAAGCUCCCCAUUGAAACCAAACGCGUCUUUCAGUAACAUUCUCAGUAUUCUUCCACAAUGAGCGUUAUAAUAAUUAGACUUGGGACUUAUCGUUAUAAACUUAUUCGUGAUGAGCAUCAGUCGUAGGACCAGGCACAUAUAUGCGUCGGUCCAAGUUUCCAUACCUCGUUAUCGCAACAAUAUGAACAAGGCAUCUAAUCGACGAAAUCUGUUCACGAACAUAAUAAGCUGAUUUUAUAUUUCCCAACUUACGCUAGACACUUUAAUUCCUCAUGCAGUAUUCAAGUCAAAUAGGAUAAGCGUCUGCUUUUAUUUAUAGACCGGCGACAGCUUUUUUCGAUAUUUUACCACUUAAUAAUGCUAUUUCAACCAAUUAUUGGUUAUUUCUGUUCACAGCAGUGUCAUGUCCAAGGGUUUCAUCGACAAACUUCGUAUUUUUGUCAGAGCUGGUAGUGGGGCUGCAGGUAGUCCACCAAUUAAAGGCCGGGGAGGGAAUGGUGGGAGUGUAUUUCUAGAAGCCGAUGGAAAUCAAACACUCCAAAAUCUGUUUAUGGCUAACCCGACGAAACGUUUCAUGGCUGGACAUGGAACAGAGGCAAGUAAACGUCGUGGUUUAGUUGCUGGUCUAGAUGGUGAAGACUUGACUAUUCGUGUUCCUGCUGGAAUAACUGUAUUAUUUGGAGGUCAAGGAACAUCAUCAUCUAAUGGAUCAGAACAACGAAUACUUGGGAAUUUGGAUCAAGUCGGUCAAAAAUUACUAGUAGCACAAGGUGGUAUAGGUGGAUUUCACCAAAAUGGGUAUAUUGGCUCACCGGGUCAAGCUCACAGUAUCGUCUUAGACUUAAAGCUUAUGGCUGAUUACAGUUUGAUUGGAUUUCCUAACGCUGGUAAAUCCAGUUUAUUAAAAGCUUUAUCUGGUGCACCUGCAAAAAUUGCCAGUUAUCCAUUCACUACAAUCAAACCACAAGUUGCCAAAUGCAUAUACUCAGAUCAUCGUAAGAUAAGUAUAGCAGAUUUACCAGGUCUCGCUGAUAUUUAUGCUCAAUAUGAUGCACAAAUAAAUCAAAAUAACAAUGAUCAAUCUGAUUCAAAGGCAUCUUUACCGAGUUUAAGACAUACGAACUUUUUAAAACAUGUUGAACGUAGUUCAUGCAUACUUCUUGUGUUAGAUUCACUUGGAUUUUGUAAAGAUCAAUUUAGUUCAAGACGUAAUGCAUUAGCUGUUGCUUAUUUAGUUUUAAAUCAAAUGGAACGAUGGUCUAAUGGUUUACUUCUUGAAAAACCAAUGGCUUGUAUUUUGAAUAAAGUAAGUUUAAUUAAUUAGACAAUUAUAUUUGUCUUUAUAUUGUACAGGUUUUAUUUUACUGUGUAUAGAUUGCUGUCUUUAAAAUAAAGCUGUUCGACACACAUUCUUCCGAAUUGAAGCGUCAUUAUUCAUGUACAUGUUACCACAUGAUAUACCCAUCAUUAAAAUGACUAGAAGUAUUUACGAUCGAAUGAAUGGAUUGUGAUAAACCACUUUUCGCCACACAACGGCAGUGGCGUCAUAGCUGUUGGAAGGAAGUGCAAAGUUUUAAACCGUUUGUUGUGUUAAACAGUUUUAUUGCAAAUAAUAAAUACUUGUUUGUCAUCACCUUACAGUUAUUACUGUCAUUAACCAAGUGUGUGAUCAUUACGUGACAUUCUUACAUCCCUAGAUUGAUACUACCGGUGCAAUGGAUGAAGCUUUAGAAACAAAAUAUUGGCUUGAACGUAUGGAUUCAUCUGAAGCAAAACAACAUUCACAACUUCCUCCAAAGUUGUUACCUAGUCUGACACCCAAAUUUGAAUCGAUCGAACUAGUCUCUGCUUUGCGUCACACAAAUAUUCCAGAAUUGAAAGAGUCAUUGCGCAACUGGCUUGAUCAAAUUGAAUUAAGAAAGCGAAAAGACAACACAUCUGUACAAAUAAAAUCACAACAAACGAAAGAAAAAAGAUUCUUAAGUGACAUCCAACCAACCUACUACUAAGGUCUUUUUUAUUCAUUUCUUUGGUUUCUUCUGUUUCAUAUCUGUACUACUUUCGUUACUUGUGUGUGCAUGUGAUUAACUGUAUAUAGAAAUGAAUUUUUGUAUUUC